AUGAGUGAAACCCUUUCCACUAGUUUAUCUAAGACUCAUCCGACUUCUUCUGAAGGUCGAGUUCCCCACCCUCGCCACUUGAGCAUCACCCAUCCUGUCGUGGCCAAACGGAUCAGCUUCUAUAAGAGCGGAGACCCACAAUUCAGUGGGGUCAAGGUGGUGGUCAACCCUCGCUCCUUCAAGACAUUUGAUGCUUUGCUGGAUAACUUGUCCGGGAAGGUUCCCUUGCCGUUCGGGGUGAGGAACAUCAGCACUCCACGGGGCAUGCACAGCAUCACGCGCCUGGAGGAUCUGCAAGACGGCCAGUCCUACCUGUGCUCCCACAGGCAGAGGGUGCAGCCGGUGGAUCUGGAGCGAGCUCGUCGGCGGCCACGACCCUGGCAAAGCAGCCCGGCAGUCAACGCACAAGUGCCCCGCCGCGCCGCCGCCCCGCCCAUCCUGCAAAGCGGCUCCCGGAGGCUCGUGGUCUUCAAGAACGGCGACCCGCGAACGGGGCGUGUAGUGGUGGUGAACCGGAGAGUCACCCAGAGCUUUGAGGCCUUUGUCCAGCAUCUCACGGAGGUCAUGGGGUGGUCGGUGGCGAAGCUAUACGCUACCGACGGAAGAAAGAUUCCCAGCCUCCAGGCGGUGAUUCUGAGCUCUGGAGCCAUUGUGGCAGCAGGAAGGGAGCCAUUUAAACCAGGAAAUUAUGACAUCCAAAAGUACAUGCUUCCUGCUAGGUUACCAGGGAUUGCUCAUCGCAUGUACCCCAAAGGAAAUGCUAAGUCAGAAAGCAGAAAGACAAGCACACAUGUGCCUUCAAGCCCAAGGUCCCAGAUUUAUUCUGUUUCUUCUCACAAAAUGCAAAAUAAUAAUAAUGAUUGCUACUCAGACUGUUCUUUUGCUCCUGAGCAUUAUUUGGCCUUAGAAAAAAAUGAUUCUCAAAAUUUAUCAGUAAAUCCUUCUGAAGAUGAUAUUGAGAAAUCAGUUAUUUUUAAUCAAGAUGGCACCAUGACAGUUGAGAUGAAAGUUCGAUUCAAGAUAAGAGAGGAGGAAACCAUAAAAUGGACAACUACUGUCAGUCGAGUUGAUCUUUCUAAUAAUGAUGAAAAGUGUGAGGCAAGCAGUUUUUCAGGAAGACCAGAUGAUCAGUCAUCAGGUUUAAAGGUUGCAGCAUGUGCAUUGUCUGCAGAAAUCUUGCCUAUGAUGAAAAGCAAUAAUGAAGAGAGCAGUUUGGUAGAGAAGAGCACUCAAAUGACAGAUCAAAGGGUUGAAACUUGUAGUUCUGCUAGUUGGGAGAAUGCUGUUCUGGACACAGAUGUCAUUCAGGUAACUCAGGAUCAAGAAAAGCACCAUUUUUAUAGGCCCCCUACACCUGGACCAAGGAGAGUAAGACAAAAGAAAUCUGUGAUAGGGAGUGUAACCUUAGUAUCUGAAACAGAAAUUCAAGAGAAAAUGAUUAGACAGUUUUCCUAUAGUGAAGAAAUGAAAGAUGAGGGAAACAAAUCUGAGUAUCAUAUGUUCAAACGUUCUAGUGGUAAAAUGUCAUCUAUAUCUAACAAACCAGCACUUUUUCAGACCAAUAAUGAUGAGCAGAUGGAUUCAUCUUUAGAAAGAAAAAUGGAAAGCAGAUUGCUCAAGUCAAGUGCUGUAAGUACUGGUGUUAUAGAAAUUACAAGUGAGAAGAUGUUAGAGGUGUCUCAUGAUGGCUUGCCAAAGCCUGUUUCAGAGAACUCAGUUGUGGAGAAAGAUAUUGUUGAUAGUAUAAUAUCAGAUGACAAAACUAUUAACAAGAAAUUUAGACCUUAUGAGAAUAUCAAUUAUAGGCUUAGUACUGUCUCAGCAGAUAAAACUCACUUAUCAGGUACAAACUCUGGAACAGAUCAAACUAUUUCUGAGGCUUCAGCUUCAGUAAUAUCUUCAACUGUCACUACAAGAAUUGACGAACUAAUUAGUGAAUUUGCUCAGUGUGGUUUGACAAAACUUCCAGAUAAUGAAAAGCUGAUUUCAUCAUCUAUUGCCAGCAAAAAGAAGAAGAAAUCUCAGCAGCAAGUAAUAAAUACAAGACAUCAACAUGGGGAGAUUGUAACUAAAGGAAUCCCCAGAAAGAGGGAGAAAAUGAACACAGGAGGUAAAAUUGCACAGGAAACCAUAUCACAAGAUUUGCACAGUUCCCCUAAAGAAGGAAUGCUUUGUGAGGAAGACCUCCAUGCAAGUAAUAUGGUGAUUGAAUCAAAUGAUCUCUGUUCUAAAAGUAAUCUGAAUUUCAAGAUUUCUAAGAAUUUCCAUAGAAAUAAAUUAAAUACUAUUAAAAAUCCAAAGCUUCAAGGACUUUUAGCGAAGGCCAAAUCUAGAUCACUAAAGAAAGUGAGCUUAGGAGGACCUAGUAAAAGGGUAAUUGGACAAGGAGAUAAAAUAUUUCCACAGAGUGAAUUUAAAUAUUGCAAAAAUGCUUUUGAAAAUAAAAGUUUAUUUCAUGUCUUUAACUUCUUUGAGGAAACACCCAGAACUUCUUGUGGACUACAGUCUCAGGAAGAAGUGACAUCUGGGUACUUGAGAGGAGUGACAAAGAAGAGUUUAGUUUCAAAAGUUAAUGAUUCACAUAUAACUUUAAAACACCAGAAAAAACAAAAAGGAGAAAAGUUGAAAUCAAGUACUGUUGUAAGUAAACAGCAUGCUGCAACCAUGGCAAAUUCCUUAGCUUCUUUGAAAAGAGCUCAUCUUCCUGAGAAUAUUGGCCAUCAUUCACCUCAAAAUUACAUACAGAGAUGGUUGCAGAAUGUAAAACCAUUUCCAGUUUUGCAACCUAGAAAAUCAUCUCCAAUAUGCAAAAGUGAAAGGAAUGUGGUAAGUUAUAACAAUUGUGGUUUUUCAGGAAAUAAUCUCCGCACAAGUUCAAGAAAAGGAAAUAAUUUUGCUAUGAGAAGUAAUAAGCACAUAACUGAAAAUGCCAGUUUGACAAGAGGUAAUGUAGGUAAAGAGGUAGGUAAGUCCCUUAUUGCCAAAGAUAAUGGUGAAGAACUUACCAAAGACCUCUGUGAGAACCAAGCUGGAUUUCUAAAUGAUGCUUACUUGAUUUCCCUGCAUGAACAUUGUACUUUAUCACAAUCAGAUGUUGAUGAUCACAAUACUAAAAGUCAGGCAUCUGCUGAAAACACAGGACAAGAGGUAAACCUUGCUUGUCAAGAAAUAAGCCUAGUUAAAAAAGAACAAAGUGUAGAAGCUGCUGUUCAAGUAGAUCCCAUUGGAGAAGACACCCAAAAAGACCUUGUACCAGUCCUGUUGCUUCACCAACUGCAAGCUUCAUUUCCUAGUAUUCCAAAGACUCAGAAUGGAGCUAUUCAAAUGGCAGGUUCACUUUCAGAUGUUUCUUUCCCUUCUCCUGCAAUACAUAAUUCAUCCACUAGUCUUCUUCUAGCUUGGCUCCUGGUGCUAAAUCUAAAAGGAAUUAUGAGUAGCUUCCAUCAAGGUGAUACACACAAGAGUACCAGCAAAUCUUCAGAAAUACUGGCAUUAUUAGAGGUUCUAAAGCACAUUUCCAUCACAGAGGAAGCUGAUGACUUGAAGACUGCUGUUGCCAGUUUAGUGGAGUCAACCACAGAUUGCUUUAGACUCACUGAGAAAGAACAAGGUAUGGUUCCAAUAGGACUUUCUGCAGAUUGUUUGCCGGCCAACACUCAGAAAGUUCUUUUGUGCACUGAAAAUGAAAAAACACAGGAAAUACCCUCUUUUACCAAUGUCCCUGAAGACUGUGUUCCAGAAGUGAAUUACUCUCCAAGUGCUAAGUGCACUAUGAGUAAGAUUUCUUUUACAGAAGAGACCUGUAACCCCAAUAAUACUUUUUUUCCUGAUGAUGGUUGUGCCAUGGUUCAGACCUUCUCCAGGAAUAAGGCUUGUUUCCUAGGAGAGGUUUGUUCAUUUACUGAUGCUGUGUCUAGUUUUCAAAAGGAGAACUAUAUUCAUGCGUCAGCUUGCCCAAUUGAUGAAGCCUACAUUCCCAUCAAAUUCUGUAAUACCAAUGACUUUUUAAAUUCUAAAGAAAAUGCAUAUACUGAUAACUUGCAAUUGAUUGAAGAGUUAGAAAGGGUUGAUGAAGUUCAAAAAGACCUCAAUAUUUUGGCAGACCCUGAGUAUAAAAAUAGCUUUACUACAUUAAUGUCACACAAAAAUAUGAGUAAUUUAAGCCAUUGUGGCCUUUUCCUAAAUUCAACAGAACCAGAAUUUGGUAAGAAACAGAAACAUGGUUCUCUAACUCAAUUUCAGAGUUGUUCACUAGACUAUAAAAACCAGGAUAAAAAUGCACAUACAUCCUUUGAUAAGGAAGAAUCAAGGACUUCUGAAGAAGCAGGCUCAAUAACUAACAGCAUGACAUCAAGUGAAAGAAACAUUUCAGAAUUAGAGUCUUUUGAAGAGUUAGAAAACCAGGACACCAAUAUCUUUAAUACAAAGGUAAAUGCCAGAGAGCAAGCUAAUGCUGAAUCAACCCCAAAAGAGUUAGCAGCUAGUAAAAAUUUGGAAUUGAUAGAAGUCUCUAGCAGAAACAUUAUAGAAGAAGAAAGAAAGAGCAGUGUAAUUUGUGAGACAAUUGGUAGAAGGCUGAUAACACCACCAUCUUUAGUUUUUUGCUAUGAUUCUAACCAAAACACUGAAAAGGAGAUCAACGAAGGCAAAACUAAAAGCAGAAUACAAAUGAUGGUAAAAAGCAUGGAAAUUGGAAGUUAUCCAAAAGUGUCUCUUGAUUUUAAAAAAAGUGUAGUAAGUCAAAUAAGUUCUGAUUUGUCAGACUAUAGACAAGACAGUGAGAGUAAAAAAGCAUCCAGUGAUGCUUUCAAUGAUAGUGGUGAAGAUAUUUCCCAGGAAAAAGAAUACAACAUAGGGUUUGUUAAAAGAACAAUAGAAAAACUUUAUGGUAAAGCAGAGAUUGUUAAACCAUCUCUUUUUUUGGGGUCUACACAAAGAUCUCAGGUUUGGCCUCACAAUUCUGUAGAAUUUCAGUGUGCUAGGAAAGUAGGCCCUUAUGAGUCUGAACAGGUAGGUAGUAGUUCACCUAUGUUGCAGGAGUUUUCAGAGGAAAUACAAGAUAAAUGUGACUUUAAUGGUCUGAGGGCCAGUAAUAAUGGGGAAGGUACUGUAGAACAUGGUACAAAGCAAAAUGAUCAUAACAGAAUUCUUAGGGACAUAUGUGAAGGAGUACUGAUCGACAAAGGCAAGUGGUUCCUUAAAGAGAAUCAUUUGCUAAGGGUGUCAUCUCCUGAAAAUCCUGGCAUAUGUGGCAAUGUGGAUACCACAUCAGUGGAUACACUAUUUGAUAAUAACAGCAAUGAAGUACCAUACUCACAUUUUGGGAAUUUGGCCCCAGGCCCAACUAUGGCUGAAUUAUCAUCUUCAGAACUAGAGGAAAUUACUCAACCUCUUGAACUGAAAUGUCACUAUUUUAAUAUGCCUCAUGGUAGUGACUCUGAGGCUUUUCAUGAGGAUUUGUUAGAUGAUGAAAAUAAAAUCUGCACCAUGGAAAAGAUACCAAAUCACCGUGCAGAGGAGAAGGGUAAUCAUCGGUCUGGAAGAGUAUGUACUUCUGUCACUCAUGCCUUUACAUCUGCUGGUAACAAAGUCCAUCCUGAAUCUGAUAGUAAUAUUAAAAACCAGCUAUUGCCUGACAAUAAAAUGAUUCAUGGUACUCUUCAGGAAGGUGACUCUUUGGAUAAACUCUAUGCUAUUUGUGGUCAACAUUGCCCAAUACUAACUGUUACUAUCCAACCCAUAAAUGAGAGAGACCGAGGAUUUGUGUAUCGUAAAAACUCUGAUAUAGAGAAUUUCUUAGGUUUCCAUUUAUGGAUGAGAGUACAACCAUAUUUCCUACAGUCAAACAAAAAUGUGGUCAAAGAUACCGACAAUAAAACAAGUAGGAGAAAAGUAUUUAUAGAUAAUGCCAUUGAUGAGGCAUUUGACUGGCUUUAUUUCAACAACAUGUACAACUUGAUGGAUAAAAGAAGAAAAUUAAAAAGAAUUAACUUCUUGGACUUAGAGGAAAAAUAUAAUUUAAAUAAAUUUCAAUCAAAUCUAAAGAAAAGAUUUUAUGUGAAUUACUUGAACACACCAUUGUUACCUGUGGGUGAAGUGAAUUCAAAUAUAGAAGAUCCCAGCAAUCAGACAAAUGAAAUCUUUAAAGCAGUUGAUGAGAAUAACAAUUUAUUAAACAACAGAUUCCAGAGCUCAAAAACAAACCUGAAUCAAGUAGUAAGAGGAAAUAUGAACUAUCAUUCCUCCCUUGGAAUGAUUGUUCAAACCUACCUGUUAGAUAUUUGUCAAGUUGAGACAUCCUUAAAUAUCAGCAACAGAAAUGUAUUAGAAAUACUUCAUAUUUUGGAAGAUGAAAAUAUUUUUACAUGGGAAGAUGAAACCAAUUAA